UUUAUUCGCUCACCGCGAAAUCUCAUCCACAGUCGAAAAUGGCGGAGAAAACCCGCAUUUAUCCCAAUCUCUCACUCUUUCUCUCCCUCUCCCUCUCCCUUCUCUCUCUCUUGUUAACUCGCGCAGCCGCAUCACCGCCACAAUCGCCAUCUCCAUCGCCAUGGCCGCUCCAAUUCCACUCAAUCCUGUUCAUCAACAGCAGCAGCGGGCUGCAAGUGACGGACCUCUGGUACGACUGGCCUAACGGCCGCAACUUCAACAUCAUCCAACACCAGCUCGGGAAGAAGGUCUACGAUUUGGAGUGGAACAACGGCACCUCCUUCUACUACACGCUGGACGCCAACCAGGAGUGCAAAAUCGUGCAUUUUCCGGUGGGGAUUCUCCGCCCUAAUUUUCUCGACGGCGCAACCUACACCGGCCAAGACCGCAUUGAUGGAUUCCUUUGCAAUGUGUGGGAGAAGGUCGAUUUCAUCCGCUAUUAUGAAGAUGUCGACUCCAAGAGGCCUGUUUCCUGGACUUUCAUCUCCUCCGGAAUGAGGGCACAUGUGAUGACAUUUGAGGUUGGGAAAGUGCUUGAUGAUCCCAAUUGGCAGGCCCCUGUUUACUGUUUUGAGGCUAAGGAGAAGCUAGAUCAUGACACGCCUCUUCUUCUUCUUCAAUCAACAUUGGGUUUGAAUCUGCUAAGAGAUAUUCCUGUGGGGUCUAAUUGAGUUCCAAUUUCCUCUGAUGGCACUGCUUUUGCUGCUGUUUAUCUCUUCCUUCUGUAUCAGAUCACCAGCUUCAGUUAACUUUCAACAGAAAAUGCUAUUGGCAUGUUUAUGUUCGUGAUAA